CUUUGCUUUCGACUUUGACUUUGACUCGACUCUUUCUUGACUUUAUAACUGGGCUUGAAGCACAACACGACGACGACCAUACCACGAUCACAAUGACGACAGACACGUUGCCCAAGGCUGCUGCUGUGACGGAGCGGGCGAACCCCGAGCAUGAGGAGUACCAAUACCUCGACGUGAUCGCGCGCAUCAUCGCGACGGGCCAGCCGCGCCCCGACCGCACAGGCACGGGCACGUUGGCGCUCUUCGCUCCCCCGUCGCUGCGCUUCAGCCUGGCGAACAACGCCCUGCCGCUGCUCACCACCAAGCGCGUGUUCACGCGCGGCGUGAUCGAGGAGCUGCUGUGGUUCGUCGCGGGCUGCACGGACGGCAACGUGCUCGCCAGCAAGGGCGUGCACAUCUGGGCUGGCAACGGGUCGCGCGAGUUCCUCGACAAGGUCGGGCUCGGACACCGGCGCGAGGGCGACCUCGGGCCAGUGUACGGGUUCCAGUGGCGCCAUUUCGGCGCGCCGUACGGCACGUGUGAGGACGACUAUACCGGCAAGGGCGUCGACCAGCUCGCCGAGGUCAUUGAUAAGAUCAAGAAUAACCCCACCGACAGGCGUAUCGUGCUCAGCGCGUGGAACCCGGCUGACCUCAAGCUCAUGGCCCUGCCCCCCUGCCACAUGUUCUGCCAGUUCUUCGUGACCCUCCCCGAGACGCCCGACGCCCGCCCCAAGCUCUCGUGCCUCAUGUACCAGCGCUCGUGCGACCUCGGCCUCGGCGUGCCGUUCAACAUUGCCUCGUACGCGCUGCUCACGCACAUGAUUGCGUUUGUGACGGGCUGCGACGCGCACGAGUUUAUCCUGCAGAUGGGCGAUGCGCAUGUGUACCGGGAUCAUGUUGAGCCCCUCAAGACCCAGCUCGAGCGCAGCCCCCGCCCAUUCCCCACUCUGCGGUUCAAGCGCACGCUGGAAGAAAUCGGCGACAUUGACGGGUUCACAUACGACGACUUUGUCGUCGAGGGGUACAACCCGCUCGGCAAGAUUGAGAUGAAGAUGUCGGCGUAGGGGGGCGUGAUGCUCGUUGUUAGAUGGUGUGUAUGAUAUGAUGGACAUCUUGUG